AUGCGUACCUCCGUAGCGCUCCUCGGCCUCGUGUGGCUGAGCCUCCUUGGCUUGGCGGCUGGCCAGCCGACGAACGCGACCAGCGGGACCAUCACGACCCCAACGCCAACGCCAACGCCAACGCCAACGCCGACGCCGACGACGCUGCCACCGGUGACGGUCGACUUGACCAACUUUACGACAGUCAAGAAUUGGAUCUCGGCCGACUCGCCUGUCUGCCGCUACCACGACCGCCCGUGCGUGGAGCUGCCGCCGACGACCAACAACCCGCUGCCGCCGACGACGCGGUACACCAACUUCUCGACCGCCGCGGCGACCAACCCGACGGUCUGCACCGAUCCGUACAGCGCGUGCGUGCCAACGAACCUCUAUGUGCCCAACGCGACCGUCCUCGCGAACGGCUCGGUGAGCGUCACGUUCUUGCUCAUUCGCACCGACUUGCUCCAGUCGGACGCAGCAAGCCAGCUCUACUUGUCGCUCAAGCUCAAUAAUGCGUCGUACGUGGCCGAGCCCGUGAUUGCGAUCGACGGCGCGAUGGCCACGCCGGCCUGUGACGUGUGGGUCUUCAACUGCUCGAGUGCCAAGCAAGUGACGUACGUCCCAAGCUCCGUGGCGCCGUCGGCCGCGACGACGCUCUCGCAAGUGACGUUCCUCCUCCAGCCGUACGCCGACACGGCGCUCAUCACGGUCGAGCGCUACAACAAGGAUUCGACCAAGCCGACGCUGCUUGUCGCGUCCAUGGCGCUGCCGCGGUUGCCGCCGACGCCGAUCGCGCAGCCCACGAUCGCGAGCGAGGAGCGGCCGGCGCAGCUCAUCACGUCCUUUGAGAUGCCGCCGGCCGCCAUUGCGUACAAGCAAACCACGCUGUGCAUCAACCUCAAGUCGUCGUCGUGCCAGGACGCGACGAGUGCACACACCGCCUCGUACUACAACGUGUCGACGAUGACGCUCAACGUCGUCAACGACAAUGGCUGGAUUGCCCGCCCCGUCGUGCUCUCUCGAUACAACGAGACCGAGCUCUGCGUGCACUUGCGCUGGAACAACACCAACCUGUCGCCGUUUCCGCGCAUCGGCUUGGUCCUCAACAACACGUACCUUCGGGCGGGCACGCAGUUUAUGAACCUCUCGUCUCUGACCGAGAUGUCGUUCACGUCCAACAAGACACUCCUCGCGACGAGCUGCGUCGUCGCGGCGCCUUACCCCGCACCCCCGCUCUUGAGCCAGCAAGUGCCCGACAGCCUCUGGACGGUCAUUGCCGCCGUGCUCUACGUCUUCGCGUUCCUCGCAGCGCUCGUACUCGUUCGCAUGAAUGGCAUUGGCGUCACGAGCACGACCGUGUACACGGACAUUGCGUCCAUUUCGGUCCUCUUUGUGCUGCUUCUGUCGCUGGCCAUGCAGUUCUACUGGCUCUCGGUGCUCAACCGACUCACGAAAACGGGCAAGACGCAAGAGGUCGCGUUUCUUGUCGCGGUCCUCGACAACAUUCGCAGCGCGGCGGUCUGGAGCCUCCUGGUGUCGAUUGCGAUCCAUUGGCUCACGGCCUACCACCCCAAGUUUCGCCAAGCGCACAUGAAGUCGAAAGUCUGGUGCGGCUGGAUGCUUGCGAUGGCGCUCUACGUCGUCCUGCUGGUGUGGCACCUCUCGCAGAACUUUCCGUUCCUCAAGUGCACGUACAUCGACUACCUCCUCAAUCGGAAUCCGGCCGACGACUAUUACAUCGCGCUGCUUGAGCCGCUCGAGUGGUGGCACGCCGGCGACGUCGCGUGUCGCAGCUCGUCCAGCGGGUUCCAGACGACGUUUCUCUUGCUGCACGCGCUCCACUUCUUUGUGUUGUUUUGCGUCUGCCUUCUCGGGUCGCUCCUCAUCCGGCAAGGCCUCGGCAUGGCCGUGGACUCGAUGGAAAGUUCCCGUGUCUACAACGGCGCGCUCCUGUACCUCGUCAUCACCGUGCUCAGCUUUGUGGUCUUCCUUGGCAUCCAGCAUGGGCUCCACAUGUACCUCUACUUGCACGACGACAAGAUCAACAUCCUUGUGUGGCUCUUCCUCGGUGAGUUUUGCCCGACCUUGAUUCCGUGCAUGGGGUUUCUCGUGCUCCAAUGGAACUCGAAGCUCUUCCAGCUCGGCGGGCAGUCGUCGUCGCUCAACACGUUCACGGCGCCGCGCCAGGCCGUCGAGACGGCCGACGCCGAGGACAUUGACUGGAAGUCGACGAUUGCGUGCGGCGAGUAUGACGAUGCCAACAUGGACGAAGAAGCCCAGCAGUUCGAGUACCUCCGCAUGCAGCGCACGAACCUCAGCGCACUCCACAGCUCGAUGUCACUCGCGCACCAGCAGAGCAAGAGCCGUCUCAGCUCGAUCGACAGCAACGACACCAUGGUCGCGCUCUGCUUGCAGCUCUACUUCCCCGAAGCGACCACGGCCAGCACACACGCUUUCGUUGAAGUGUACCAGUCCACGGACGCCGCGGUGAUGGGGGACGACUAUGACGACGUCCCGCGGCGGUCGUCCUUGCGCACCGGCGGCCUUUUCGAGUCGCUCAUGGACAACGCUGCGACGCGCCGCCGGACGUCGGCGAUGCUCCAUAAGACGCCGCUCAACUGGAUCCGCCGAGGCUUUACCGAGACGGCGCUGAGCCAGCAGUACCAGUUUGGCUUUUGCACCGGGUUCAGCUCCGUCUUGUACGUGCCGAUCGAGAAGCCGUCGACGCUGCGCUUCCUCGUGUACGAAAUGGACCUCGAUGUGCCCCGCGUGCUCGCCGAGUACGUGUGCCCCAUGGAGCAUUUGCUGCAGUCGACCAACGCGAUUGCGACCUUGUCGCCGACCGAGCGGUCGCAGGAGCCGCUCGUCUUGCGUCCGUCGAGCAUUCUGCAAGAAGAGCCCGACGCCGUGCUGAGUCUGACGCGCCGCUUUAGUUUUUUUGGGAACCGCCGCCACACCAAAGCGCGCGGGACGUCGGCGUCGGGGGUCUCGAACAUCUUGACGGUCGUGAACCACCCGGUGCUGCCCGUGCUGAAGCUCAAGCCGACGCUUCACGUGUCGCCCGAUGUGGUCACGCCGCCGCUGCUCAAGCAGACAUCGUCGCAGCGUCUCCAGGACGACUGGCGCGACGAACAAGCACGGCUCCGCGACGAGAUCGAGUGGACGCUCAUGGUGCGCGAAGACGAGUGCCACGCGCAGGCGCUCGCGGCGCUCGUCACGUCGUUUUGCCGGCACUUGGAGAAGGCCAUGAUGCCGUCGUCCGGGAAGCUCCUCGCGUAUCUCGACCACCUCUACGCGGUCGGGUACCUCUUCCAGGUCGAGAGUUUGCUCAGCGACCACGGGAAGGAGAAGGCGAUGCUCCAGGACUUUAGCGCCGCGACGUCGUGGCUGGCCAACAUUCGGUUCGAGCUGGAUCUGUGCGCCAAGCACCCCAAGCAAACGAGCAAGGCCACGUCCUUGCAUCUGCACUUGCACGACGUGGCGGUCCCUGGCGUCCUCUCGGUGCGCCUGAGCUCGUCGCCCCAGCACAACGGCUUCACGGUCGUGGUUGGCAUUUACUGCGACGCGUCACAGGUCGAGCUGCAGCAGCGGCUCGCGGUUGGCCAUCGCAGCAUUGCGGUCACGCCCGUCUUCUUCACCCAAGGCAUCAACGAGAUGCAGACGCUCGCCAACAAGUCGACGCUUCAGAAGGACACGGUGCAGGACCUCAUCAACCUCGCGAAUCUCGAAAGCCUCAAGACGUUCGUGGACCGGUAUGUGGCCUUUGCGCCACUUGAGAAAGACGACGUGCUCGCGGCGUACGAGCACCUCUCGACGCUCAUUGCGGCGGCCAAGAACGAGUACGUCAAGAAGAAGCACCCGGAGAUCCUUCAAGUGGCCGGUCACCUCACACGCCGCCUGGAUGGUGGACGUGUCGUGAGCUGCAAGAGCGCCAAGGACCGCACCGCCAUGAGCGUCACGCUCGAGCAAGGCUGGGUCUUGCAGGGACUCUACCAUGUGGACGCGGCGACGGCGCGCCGGGCGGUGGCCACCAUGCGCAGCUACGGCGUGCGCAUGGACUGCGUCGAGAAGAACAUUGGAAAGCGCCAGUAUGCGUUCAACUCGCUGCAGCGCUCGAUGCUGCCCGAGGCGUACCGCUGCCCCGAGGGCACGUUUGGGAAAGGCAAUGUGAGCUAG